AAAAUGGCCCGUCACGUGGUGGAAUCGACAUCCGAGCUGUCCGCUUUCAUGAAAGCCGGAGUGAUGGCCGGUUCGGAGAGGGACGCCGGUUUUUCCAGCGGAGCGGACGAAGACGAUAUGUCCGGUUUACACUCGCCGAGCGCGUCCGAGGACAGCCUCGAGGUGCAAGUGACACCGAUAUCGUUGCGGAACAAGAGGAAGCUGGCCGAACCCCGAAAGAUUCAAGAACCAAGUACAGCCCCGUUGAAGAAACGACGUUUCGAACGUGUCGAAGAAACGACGGUGAUCCCAGAGGACGAAGAGUCCAGAACUGCUAGUUCACCGGGUCCUUUCCGACCGUGGAGCAGCUCGACCAAAAGCGUCGAUUCGACAAUAACAGGUAGUUCGAUGCCAACCGCGGAAAAACGUGCAACGAUCCCCCGUCUGGUCGGGUUCGCAACGUUGGAACACGAGGAAAAGGACUUUCAAACGCGACGGGUGGAAUCACAUCGACCAGAGGAUCUGCCGAUCACCGCAAGACAGCGGCAUUCCGCGCAGACCCGUUCGACUCGCGUCGAUAAAUCGGACGCAACGAUUGAAGUUCGGAAACAUCAAUUCGAAAAAUCGACAACGAUCCCACCGUGCAACGGCGCGAACGAACGGGUCGACACGGUCCCAACGAUACAAGCGACGACCCCGCACCCAAGACUGCAAGAGGAACCGUUGUCGCUGGUCCUGAGAGGUGAGAUAACCAGCAGGGUACCACCGCAUCCGGCUGUGAACGGAAGCUACGAAAGACCGUGUCAGUUCCCGGUAGAACACGCGAACGUAUCGUCCUCGUUGUCAUCGUCCUCGUCAUCCUCGUCUUCCUCCUCAUCCUCGACCUCCUCUUCAUCGUCGACGUCCUUGUCGACGUCCUCGUUGCUCGAUCAUCGACAGAAUCAUCAACAGAGCAGCAGCAACGGCGACACAACGAGGGUACACACGAUCAGCGCCGCGUUCGACACGCUUAGACGAGCUAUACCCGCUUACUCGCACAAUCAAAAGCUGUCAAAGCUGUCCGUGCUGAGGAUCGCCUGCAGCUACAUCAUGACCCUCGGCAAGAUCGUCGACACACCGGACGGCGAGUCCGCGAAUUGCCCGUCGUUGGGGGCCUGCGUGGAUCUCGUGUCGAGGACAAUCCAAACGGAGGGUAAGCUUAGGAAGAGGAAAGAAGACUGAAGAGAGAGAACCUACCAUCAUCCCCCUUGUACAUCCACACACAACGUACAAAUUAACGCCGAAUAUACUGGGGCGCGACACGCUGUCGCAGCAGGAGCAUCAUCCUUGAGGGCGUCGAUCGUCGAUAAAAACCAGUGUCCCUGUUCCUCGAGGCGCGUCUCCAACCCCCUAUCCCGUUUGGAUUUACCG